CCCAGGUCUGGCUCUGGUACUGCUCGCAUGGCAGGCACUAAGAGAAAAAGAGAUCCAACGAAGGAGGAACGUAGAUCAGCCAAGUCCAAGACCACACGAAAGUCCCCCGUCGACGAAGACAGCCGUCAAGCAACUAUUUUGCGACUCGAAUCGCAGAUUCUCGAUUCACGCCGGCACUUCAACAAUAUCGCAGCAUUGAUUCAAUCUGCGAAGCAAGAAGAUUCGGAACCUGAGACCGCGACUCUAGCCGCUGUCGCAUUAUGCCGAAUUUUCUCGCGACUAAUUUCUAUGGGAGAUUUGGUGAAGAGCAAGGGGAUGUCACAGUCAGAUGUGGUCAUUGUGCAAUGGUUGAAGGAGAGAUACCGGGAAUAUCUAGACAUGCUAUUACUAGGGUAUUAUCUCCGGAGUGGGACUGCAUUCAAGCAAUCCUUAGCCCUGACUCUCCUAAUGCGCCUGGUCAAAGAGGAGUCCAAGACACAAAACGAUUACAACUGGAAACAGGGGCCACUUUCUAGAACAGUGGAGUCCAUACUCCUGCUUCCUGAGAAUGAUCCUACUCGCGACGAGUUUGCUGAGAAGUAUUUCAAGCAAUUUGAUGAUGUUCGAUUCUAUACUUUCCAGACGAUAAAGACCUUCCUUGAAUCUGGGCUUGAAGAAUCUACUUACAAGUUCGCGUCUGCCAACGCUCUGUCACUGCUGAUGAUGCUGGAUAAUGUCCCCCAGUCGAAGGCCGAUCUGGAUAACUUCUACAUGGGUGCUCCUACCCAAUCAACAAACCCCAUGUAUUCUCUGGCAAGCCACAAAUCUCAAGCCCAGACUGCAUGGCUCGCUGCUUUCCAAUCCGGUCAUAAUAAAGAACAACGGAAGACGGUUCUCCGGGUCUUCUCCCACCAGAUUGCACCGUGGUUUCGGCAACCCGAACUGCUGAUGGAUUUUUUAGCCGAUUCUUAUGACAUUGGCGGAGCGACCUCAUUACUUGCAUUGUCAGGACUUUACUACCUCAUAUCCGAAAGGAAUCUCGACUACCCAUCCUUCUACCAAAAGCUCUACUCUUUACUCGAUGACACCAUCCUGCAUUCGAAACAUAGAUCACGCUUCUUCCGACUAUUAGACACAUUCAUGUCUUCGACCCAUUUGCCUGCUGCUCUUGUCGCUAGUUUUAUCAAGCGGCUCGCACGACUUGCUCUAAACGGUCCCCCAGCAGGCAUCAUCGUAGUGGUACCUUGGAUAUACAACAUGUUCAAAUGUCACCCUACGUGUACCUUUAUGAUCCACCGAGAGAUUCGCGACGGAGACAUCAAACAAGAGCUCGAGGAGGAGGGAAUGGAUGAUCCAUUCGACAUGAGCGAGCAAGAUCCAAUGCUCACUGAAGCCAUAGAGAGUAGUCUGUGGGAGAUCGAGACAUUACAAUCACAUUAUCAUCCAAAUGUUGCAACCCUGGCGAAAAUCAUCUCGGAGCAAUUUACAAAGCGUUCUUACAAUCUAGAGGACUUUCUAGAUCAUUCGUACAAUGUGCUCCUCGAUGCCGAACUAUCUCGAGAGCUUAAGAAGGAGCCGGUGGUUGAUUACAAGAUUCCCAAGCAUAUCUUCAGUGCAGAGGAAGGAAAUUUGGGUCCUCUUGGGGAGCUCAUGUCUCAGGUGAUUCAAUGAAAUUAGAAAAGAGAAUAUAGGUAGAAUACGCCUCCUC